GAGCGGGAGGCGGGCGGCGCGCGAGGAGGCCGAGCGAGCGGCGGGCGCGGCGGGCCAGGAUGGAUUUCCAGCAGCUGGCUGACGUUGCGGAGAAAUGGUGCUCCAACACGCCCUUCGAGCUCAUCGCCACCGAGGAGACCGAGCGCAGGAUGGAUUUCUACGCCGACCCCGGCGUCUCCUUCUACGUGCUGUGUCCGGACAACGGCUGCGGGGACAAUUUUCACGUGUGGAGUGAGAGCGAGGACUGCCUGCCUUUCUUGCAGCUCGCACAGGACUACAUCUCCUCCUGCGGCAAGAAGACGCUCCACGAAGUCUUGGAGAAAGUCUUCAAGUCUUUCAGACCUUUACUGGGGCUUCCAGAUGCAGAUGAUGAUGCAUUUGAAGAGUACAGUGCAGACGUGGAAGAGGAGGAGCCAGAGGCGGACCACCCCCAAAUGGGGGUCAGUCAGCAGUAAACUUCCGAGGCCUCCCACCUGAGGAGAGUGAACCCCCCGGUACCAGAGGUGGGGUUGCGUGCUACUGGGUUAGCAUUUUGCGUUAGCACUUCAAGACAGGACGUCUGAUUCCCAGCAUCCAAAUUUAAACCAAGUACCUUUCUAUUGACCACAAAAUUCCUGGGAUGAGCUUUGCUCAGAAGUGACCUGAAGUUUACUUCCAUUUCAAUGGGUUUCUAUGGAGUUGUCUCAGUAGCCUUUGCCAUUUUGAAUUUAGAGUCCAUUUUGUGGCUGACCAUUCUCUCCUGAGUUGGUGUUGGAGAACUCACUUUCGCGGACUCAAACGUAGAGAACGCUGAAUGUAUUAAGGUUAUGUUUUGCGUCCUCACAGGUGACGUUAUUGAGGGGGAAAAGCAUGGCAGAGAAGAAAUGCAGUCUGCACUUUUUAUGUACUUUGUAAGUGUCCAUAAGUGAAGGAAUUUGCUUAUAAAGCAUGAGUUUUAAUAUCUAGUCAUUAAACUGCACAAGUGCAAAUACAAGGGCAGAAGAGGAUAAUCACUUAGCUUUGGAUGACAAGGGUGAGAGAGGCAGAGAAGCCUUUGUUUAAGUGUUCCGCCAUUACUCAGUUACCUGGACAGAGAGCAGCUGGUUCAUGGUCAGGGAAGACAUUACUUGCAUGUUCAGUUAUUUCAAAACAUGCUAAUUCCAAAGCCACUUUGUAGAUUCUAAUAGCAGAAAAUAUAAUAGAUGGGGUGACAUAAAUUAUUGAUUCCUUUAAAAUGUUUAUAAACCGUCCCACAUAUGAAAUGAAACAUUUACGUUCUCUCUUUAUAACCAGAUGGCAACUUGUUAAAUCAUGAAAACAUUCAGAAUCCAAGUGCCACUUAGACUUUGAAGCCAUAGAUAAAUUUAAUGGGGACAUAAACCAGGAUAAAAAAAUUUUUAAUACGAUGGCAUCCUUCUUUACUUUCUUAAUUUGUCUUUUAUUCUUUAAAAAAGAAAAGUCAAGAAAAGGAUCCCACUGUAUAAUUUAUUUAAAAAGUUGUCAUCAGGUGCUUCUAGGAACCUAACUGUAGUGAAUUUUUAAAGCGAUAUGAACGCGGGAAUCUUUCAGGCAUAGGUUAGCUUAGUUCGAAGGGGGAAGUUCUCUUGAUCAAAAUACUAAGACAACUCACAGAAACAGCUACUUAAUAAUUGGAAACACUGAGGUCAGUGUUUAGCCUACAAAUACUUACAGGGGAAAUCCUUUGUAAUGCUAACGUGGAAUUAUUUAAAGUACUCCAUUUCCUUGGAACCUUCUGCAUCUCUCGGUAUGAUAACGUAGGAUGCGGAACGCCUCUUCCACAGCCCUUAACUGAGCGCAGCAUCCAGGAUGGGAAUGUUUUAACAUGCAUACACAUGCCUGUUAGGUGGUCAUAGUUCGGGAUUAAAAAUAAAAGCAGCGACAGCAGACAGCACAGAGCGUAUGGGAGUCUUGUAUAUCUUCCAGGCAUGUCCGUGUAAACCUGAUCAUCUAACAUUUUCUGUUGAAUCGAUUGGUGCCGUGAAGAGUGUGGCUGCUUGUGGUGAAACCGUGUACGGCAGUUUCGAGUCAUCGGGUAAAAGAAUGCGGUGGUUUUCAUCCAUGCUUCGGUACCCACAGUUUUUUCUUUUCCUGGAAAAUUGUGUUGAGGGUUAGUCUCAAGUGAAAUGAUUUCCUUCCCAGUAGCCUGUUUACCCGGCACACCUUGGUGGUCCAUCCAGUGGGGUGAGUGUAUUCCGUGCUUUGCUCCCGUGUUCUGAUGGGGUCUGUGCCCAAGCACAGGAAAUUGUGAGCUGUGGUCCAUAGCGACUGCUCAAGUUUGGUAGCCUCUGUUGUGACACAAAUGGGCUGAAAGAAUAAGAAUGACUUCUGAUACUGGAAUGAAGAAACUUGACUAGCUUGCUCCAUUCGAAGGGAAACUGGAAUUGUAUACGUAGAGGCUUAAAAACCUAAAUUUGCAUAUGUUUAAAAAUGGAAUGGAUGUUAAUAUAAAAUGUGUUUUACAAAACAGCGGUUAGGCUUUGACCAAAUGCAUCUGGGUAUUAUUAUGUUAAUGUCUCUGUUAAUAAAAACUGCACUGAGAUCAGCUCAGCCAUUCAGUGGGCUGAGGAGAAAUCUCGCCUUUGUUCUGCCCCAGCGGUUGAGGAGGAUGUUGCUGUAUGUCCCUUAUUUUCAUGGCAAAAGCACUGAAGGCAUCAGCACAUCAGACGUUUCCUCCACAACUUCCUUUUCUCUGAUCGUGCGCACCCCCGCCGGUGCUUGCUGACACACGUGCCCGUGCACACGCUCACGCCCACCCGGCGGUGCGUUCUGUGUGCAGGUCGGGCACGGAGCCCGCCCGGUGCAGAGCUCCCCGCACCUGGAUGGGCCAGCAAGUCAGGCAGCCUGUGGUGGUUGUCCCCGAAGAAGUUCCAUAGUUAGACACAGCCCUGACUUUCCCAAACAUAAACACUCACGAAGGGGCACGUAGGAGGCAGCGGGAGGAGCGUCGAUGCAGGAGUUAGGACGAGAGACCUGGGUUCUAGCCCUGGCUCUGCCAGCGACUGCGUGACCUUGGGCAAGUCGCCUAACUCCCCUGAAACAAGGGGCGUUUCCCCUUCCUGCUUGAACCACAGUUGUCCCAUAACUGCCUUAUGAUGUGCCUGUGUGCAUGUGAGAAGAGCAACAGUUGAGGAAAUCUUGAGGGAAAUGAGAGAGAAAUACAUUGUGAAUCUUGCCAAGACACUAACCUGAGGAUCCUGGUCGCAGGACCACCUUGGAACAUGUUUCUGUUUGUCUGUGAGUGUUCAAACCCCCUACAACCUGACCCCGGAGGGACUGAUGACUUCCUGUCCCUUUGACAGGAGGACAGAAUAAGGCUUCCGAAGAUCUAGAAACACACUUGUCCUAGAUAUGCAGGUUCCGUCAUCAGAAGGCACGGCUCUCCUUGUGCCCUGAUAGACUGUGGCUUUGGUAGUAGAAUAAGAUGAACUUAACAGAGAGUGGAAAAUUCGCAUGAAGAGUAGCUGGAAGAGAGUGAAAGAGAGUAUUUACUUUGGGCUGUGUCAUCUGGUAGAAAGAUGAGUGUGUGUGUGUGUGUGUGUGUGUGUGUGUGUGAACUGUGGCAGCACGAGUUGGGGGGUGGUGACCGAUGGCUUGUGAUCACUGUGGGCCAGCUGGGAAGUCAUGCCUGCGGCGACAUGAGGAAACGAUCUUGGGUUUGAGAGACAUUUUCCUUAAAGCAGCUGGUCACUGUCUCUGCCUGACAGUUCUACAGAGCACACUUCGGGGGACCAGAGAGUGAGUUAGGGAGGGGGGGGACCCUCAUGAUGCCUGUCAGCACCCCGAAUCAGGGACACUGCGGUGUCCCCUUGAGUCUCUCAGGCUCAGAGCAGCACAUGGGACUUGUUUUUGUUUUUAAUGGCACUAGAACAUGAAAAGUCUUUGAUUUAGGAAUUCUCCUUGUGUCCUGGUUGCCAGAAUUAGGUUUCCAGUGUCCUGAAGUGAAAAAUCUCUCUCCUCUUGUUGCUACUGUCCUUUUUCACAUAUGCUUUUCCCCCAGCAUAAUGUCACCUCGAACUCUUGUGUCUGUCUCCUAAGAGCACAAAGUGUGUGGACCUGGGGGUGGGGAGUGGGGGCGGGGGGUGGGCUGUGCUUACAGAGCAUCAUCAGAAUCUAUAUUUUAGAAAUCUUCCUUGUGUAAGAAAAUUCACAGGCUGGGAAACCGCCAUGAACAAAUCUGAUUUCUCAUAGUUGGAGAGGCACAUGGGAAGAGGCAGGAUUUAAUCUGGGGUAGGAGGAGGUGAGAAAGGGAGAGUUAGGAGAUCUGAGGUUUUUUUAAAAAAAAAAAAAAGCCCAAAGGCAGGUAACACAUAAGGUACAGGAAAAUUGUCUUCAUGGCAUUCACUCUAGGAGCCCGCUUUCCUCAAAGGGACUGCCUGAAUGUUGAGAGGCAAGGUCUGUGUUGGGGAUGGCUUUGUGGCUUUACAAAUGUCCCCCAGCCUGGGAGACCGUGGGCGUCCUGCACAUACGGUGGGGUUUUCCUCAGUAAACCCGCUGUCAGCCAGAGAAGCCUAUCUUUCCAAAGUGCUAAAAGAUCUGAGGGCUCCAAUCACCUGGCAGGUGGACCGUGAACCUGACUGGAUCUUGGUCUUGGUGUGGAGGAGGCCAGGGUCAGGAACACCCCCAGGGGCUGAGGGCAGAGCCCACCUACUACUCCACUGUGCUUCUUGGUGGUGGAAAGAGCACAAUGAAAUCUCAAGUGAAUCACAGAUCCCUCUUCCCUAUAGUGAGGGUUAACCCCCAAGAGGUGCUUCAGAUUACCAGAGGAGCCUCAAAGUUUUUCUUUUUUGAAUUAAAAACCCAUCCUCUUCCACAAAGACCCAUUAGUUAUCUUGGUUUUGUGACACCAGGUAUGACAUGAAAGGCUGAAGUCACUUCAAUUUUAUACAGAAUUUCUGAAACUUUCCAGAAUGCCAGUAGCCUCUGGUGUCCAUAGCAACGUGGUGUCCAUGGCAAAAUAUCUAUAGCUCCUGUUUCCUGGGCAAAUUGUUAAAUACUAUGGUGUCGUCAUCGAUAUCUUUAUUUAAAUUUGUAUUUCAGAAAUAGAGACCCCGUGAGCAUUACAGGUUGGGAGCCUCAAUGGAAGCACUGUGGGUCCGAACGGGCACAAGCCAUUGAGAACGUGUGCCCGGCCACAAAAAAAUAAAUGUUUAAUUUACUGAGAACUGUACUCAGAUUCUCCAGGACUGCAGAGAGGGCAGUCUGUUCUUUGUAAAACUGCCUUUCCCUGGUUUUUUCUUUUGUUUUUGUUGCUUAAGUGUCAUUCUUGAAGUAUCUUCUGAUAGCCUGAUGGAUAAAGACACAGAGCAGUCCCAGGUACACCUGUCCGCGUUUUAGAGGGGGAGGCAAAUCGCCUACCCGAGGGAAAAUCUGAAACUAUCUGUGAGCCAGUCUUAAUUUGUGUAGGAGAGCAGAGUGGAGCCAUCUCCUUGAGAAGCAGGAUCAUGGACCAGUUCGGGGGUUCUUUUUCCUUAGGCAGAAAUGUUUCCUGCAGGGUGUGUAUGCUUUCUUUGCCUUUAUAUUUCCUUGCCACGAAAUCUCUUGUAAAUUACAAAACUGUGAAAUGGGUUGCCAAAAAGCCGUUGCCCUUUGUUUUAGACGCCUCCAGCAGUGUAAAUCCAAAACUGGUCCCUGUCCACACCCGCGCCUUCCUCCCUCCCCUGGGAGAGGGGAUCGGAAGAGGGGAUCACGGCCACCGAUGUAAUUACCAUACGCUUGCUAUUAAAGAGCCUUCCAAACUCUG